GAUAGUGAUGACGACGAUUACUGUACGUAUGUCACUUAUUUUGCCUUUUGAUUAUCCCAACAGUCAAUAUCACAACAGUUUACAAUCCAUCGGUUGACGCCAACACCCUGUGUCCAUACUGCGACGAGCCUCUUCCUGCUUCGCCCACGCCCCAUCUCAAACACCUCCUUGCUACUACUGCCAAGAAAUCCAUUCGUGCGCCAAGACCGACGAAUCCUAUGGGUCGCAAAACCGCUGUGAGCGUCUUCAUCAAUGUCUGCCAGCGUCAUCAGUUUGAGAGCAAGAUCCUGCCCGAGGCAGAAGCAAAAGGCUGGCCCAAGUCGAUCGGAUGGGAUUUAAUUCAUGAACGAGUGAUGAGGAUGAAGAACCAUUUGGAGGCGCUCAUGGAGAAUUCUAUGCUUGAAAAUGAGAGGGGCGAUGUUGAUUAUGAUGAAGAGGGUGAUGCCGGUGAAGGGAGUGGGCAAUGUAGACGGGCUAGAGAUAAAUGUGUUUUUUGGGAAGACGUGAUAAAAGAGGUAAAGCAGAAGGGAACCCGUGCAGCUGCCAAUGUCAAGAGUCAGUUUGCAAACUUUCAGAAUACUCAACCUGGAUACUAUGGUGAACUGGGCUCUGUUCUAAUCCAUCAAUCCCUCUACGAACUCUUCCCUCCAGAAAGCACGCCUCUUGAAUUGGUCUCUCCGCUGAGUCCCAAGGAAUUCAUUAACCGCGUCUUACUCCCAGAGGUAGCCCUAAGGCUCAUCAUGGAAGACAAGUCUCUUUCUGGGUCCUCUGGGGCGAGGAAAGCGCUUGAGAUCCUUCGAGACAGCACCACGUAUGGCGUCGCAAUGUUCCCUGAGGACGCUGGUGAACGAGUAGAGGGUGCCAGCGCCAAAUUGUAUACUAAAGGGAAGAGAAAGGGUAAAGGAAAAGAAAAGGCAAAAGAAACAGAGAGAUAUCAUUCAGAAGAUACGGAAAUCGAAACUACGGAGAUGAGCGUUGCAGAUAAAAUGGUCAGGGAGAAGGCUCGCAGACGCAGGUUGGAGCUGGAGAAGGAAACUGAACAGGAGGAGAUGAUUCACCAGGAACAGACGAAGCGCCAUCGCAAGGGCAAAAGUAAAAGAAAAAAUCCCGUCGUUCAAACGCCAUCACCUCAGAACCCCAAACCCAAACCGAGACCGAAGCCGAAAGCGAUUCAGAAAAACGCAAGCUCUGCCUCCCUUGCUGGCAUGGAUGUUGGAUCCGAGCCUGAAGCCGGAUGGAGGUCAACUUUUUCGGAUGGGCCCGCAGAAUACUCCGACAACAACGGCAUGGAUAUGGAAGCUUCCGAUGUUGAUGCUAGUAAUGAGCUCGUGAACUGGGCUUUGGAUGACCCGGCAAACAUGGAUGCUUUCUUUCUGACGACAGAGAAUAAUCGGUCUCCGCCUAACUCUAUUUCCGGUCUUUCCUUCUCUUCCAAACUCCGUGACGUCGGAUUUCCACCGUCGUCGUCGUCUUCGAAACCUGAUAGUGCUGGGAGUACCUCUCAUACGAUGAUCAUAUCCUCUUCAGAAGACUCAGAUUCAAACAUUCGGAAAUCCCGCAAACAAACUAGGAAGAUGUCCACCAGAACUAGAUCACCUAGUAUCAAAAUAUCUUCACCUGACACAAAACCCAUUUCAGUACUCACACGACCACCCCCGUCUUCUUUUGAUAUGGAUGAUACACCCAAGGCUAAUAGAUUCCAGCUGUCGAUGUUUCCGGAAGUCCCUUCUACGUCAUUUUCCCGUCGCAACGGCGGAGGGGCUGUCGACAGAAAUUCAGGAGAAACACACAAUACUGAUUCAGAUGUGGUGCUCAAACGUUGGCACAACGAUCCCGAUAGUGCGCCUCUUGCUUUUCUACGGCAAUCACGGUCAAGACCGAACGUUCAGAAAGCGCCAUCAAAACCUGAGAGCCAUAAAGAGAAGUCGACGAAUAAUAUUAAAUCAACUGUCAAACGAACAGAGUCGAUGAAGUCUGAAACGGAUUCUGGCUGGUUAUUAUCCGAUAGAAGCGAAUGAGCGAGAUACUGAUAAAUAAAGUAAGGAUACAUAUCUUUUAGUAACCUUGUGUAAUUCUGCGCAGUAAGUAGUAUCAG